UUAAAAGCCUUAUAAAAUUUCUACUCUUAUGUAUGGAUGGCAGCAAAAUUCGAAGAUCCAUCAUUCCUUAGACUGCCACACUAAUAUUUUCUAAACACCUGGUUACUUCUAGGCUGUCGGGAUAACCACUCUUGCAUUAAUAAUAAAAGUUGUACAGAAGGAUGGCUAAGCACUUAAUCUUUGAGAAAAUAAUAAGUAGUCUCUUAAUUACUAAACUUGUAAACUCAGCUUAUAAAAUACGAAGUUUAAAUUGUGACGAAAGUGCUAUUGAUAAAAAUUUGCUCUUUCAUGGCCACCCUUAUCCAUGCUUGAGAAGAUUAUUCAGGCUCAUCUCUGAUAAAAGCCUUCUCAAGUUUGCUUUUAUAUCGAAACUAUUCAUAAUUCAGGAUGUUAUCUCACUCUUCUCAAAUCCUGAUAGACUGCACAGAGAGACUGCAUUCGUCAAAGUCGCUUGAGGAGAGAGCAUCACACUCUUGAGAUAGACUAUUCUUAGAAAUCUUAAUAUUGACGUUA